AUGGAAAAGUACAGCCAGUUUCGCGAUCGGGGCACGGGGAUCGCCCCCUUCUUCCCCUUUACGACUCCUCUCACGGCGCUGUCGACGGUCACGCACACCUUCCUCUUCCUCUUCCGCCUGCCACUCUUCAUAAGCUACAUUGCGAGCUACCUCCUCUUGUUCCACUGGCUGCCCUUCCUCCCAGUGGUGGUGAGGAAGGUGGCACUAUGGGGUCUGAUGGCUAUACCUGGUAUUUGGUGGGUAGAUCUGCAGCUGGACGGCGUGAAGAGGGGCACGCUGGCUGAUCAGCCACGUGAGCGUGUGCCGCACCCUGGGAGUAUUAUCGCGGCCAACUUUACUAGUCCGCUCGACGCCGUCUACCUAGCUGCCAUUUUCGAUCCCGUCUUCACCAUCUCGUACCCUGGUUCGCGUCAGGUUCAGAAAGUUGGUCUCGUGGGAGCUAUCUUCUACGCCUUCUCCUCUGUUAGGACAGCGCCACCGCCAGGCGCCAAUCUCGUCAACCUCAAGCAGCUCCUUGAGGAGCAUCCUGGACGCGUUAUCGCCAUAUUCCCCGAGUGCGGAACAACAAACGGCAAGGCCAUCCUCCCCUUGAGCCCAUCCGUCCUCGAGACGCCUGCCGACGUCCACAUCUUCCCCGUCAGCCUGCGCUACACGCCCUCCGAUGUGACGACACCACUGCCCGGCCAGUGGAUACGCUUUCUGUGGAAUCUCCUGUCACGACCGACAACUUGCAUCCGCGUUAGAAUCGCCGAGGGCCAGUUGAACACGUCGAUGGCUAGGACGAAUGGCGUUUCGGCACCUGCAGGUGAUAGAGCGGGCGAGCUCCGGAGUCGAUUCGCCGAGGGCGACAUUUCAGACCACGAGAAAAAGGUGCUGGACCGUAUCAGCGAGGCCCUGGCGCGGUUGAGCAGGGUCAAGAGGGUUGGUCUGACGAUGCAGGACAAGGCAGCUUUUGUAGAGGCGUACAGGAAGAGGAGAUGA